AUGGCAUCAUCUCCAAAUCCUACUGAUCAGAACUUCAUUGUAGUAGAUUUCCACUACAAUGGUCAGUUUGCCCCCAAUCCCUUAGUUUACUUUGAUCUCGACAGAGCAUCAGUGCGAGAUGUUGACUUCAGUGGGUUUGGGUAUGAGCAAUUCAUGGAAUUCCUUCACAAGCUCACCAAAUCGAGAAGCAAAGACAUCUAUUUCUGCCUUCCACAAGAGUCUUUAGGUCUUGGAAUUCAUACACUGGUGAACGAGGCUGAUUACAAGGAAUUUUUGGAUUUGGCGUAUGCUAAUGACAAGAGAAUGAAUGUAUAUGUGGAUCACUAUAAUGAACCUAUCUUCGAAUGGAUUGAGGCUGAGGAAAGUGAAAGUGAAAACGAAGACUUAGAUGAAGAUAAGGAUUCAGUUAUUCAAGAUUCAUAUUCUGUUGAUCAUGAAGAAGAUGAUGCUACCUAUCCAUUUCCAGCAAACAAAACUGCACAUGAUAGAUUUUUAAAAAUCCUUUGUGAACCUACAUAG